AGGGGGCUUGACUGCAAUAUACACUCUCGACUCGUGCACGUUCCCAGUCCAUUUCGAGCGGCUGAAGGCAACGGAUGUGCUGCAGAUUUUCUCCGACCCACCAACGACGAACUUGACGCGAACUGUCAACACUUUUCCGAGCCACGACACACGUGCUAGAAAAAGACUUACGUUAAUUCUUUGUUGUAUUGUUGACAUUUUAUAUUCCAGACCACUUAUUUUUGACACGCGGGUGUUAUGGUUGAUUUUAUACCUUUACAGUGAUUGAUGAAGGAACUUUCAAAGUAAUAUAAUUUAAGAUGUGAUCAGAUACACUGUGGGGGCGUGGUGGGGAACAAGACCAAUAACUUUAACUCAAACUGGAGUUUGUACUCUCUGGAACCUACAAGGAAUACGAAAAAAAAAAAAACACUCGAUCUGGAUAUUCUACUGAAAUAUUAGUUUUACAUUGAUAUUUCUUGAUAGGAUCAAGAGGACUUAUUCACAUUCACCAUCAUCACCAUCGCCAACACACAAAGAUGCGGUGGUUAAAGUUGCUGUUGAUCGGGUGUGCGGCUCUGGCAGCGAACACCGAGGACCAAGACAGAGAGAGUAAAGGGCUGACGUGGGCAGAGAUUCUUGGCGGCGAGCCUCCUAGGCCCAUAGAGACGACCGUGCCAGCAUCUUAUUCCCUGAAUGACAUAAACAGAGUCACUACCAGUACCAAGGAUUUCCACAACGCGGAAGAUGAACGUGCUUCUGAUUAUGAUUACGACUACCAUUACGAGUACGACGAUUCGUUCUUUGAAAAUCCUGAAUACGAGUAUGUCGAUACAGAGGACGAAAACUAUGAGCCGCCACCAAAAGUGGAAAAGGAAGCAAAUGGAGCCAACCAAACGGCUGAACGCCGCACUCUUGAUUUUCUUUAUCAUCUAUUCAGAGAUCAGCACCGCAAUGAUGACGGAACCAGCUCCUCGAGAGGGUCUGCAACUAGACGGCCAUCUUUAAUUGAAGCUGUUUUUGAGACCAUCGACAACCACAUCAUUGAGGACCUACGUGAGUGGACCAACUAUCCUGCUCAGCAAGAUACCCAGGCCAUAAAUUCUAAGCCUCUGAAAAAACCGACAAAACUUCACACAACACCUUCUGUUGCGCCAGUUACACCUGACAGCAACAUUGUUUUGAUCACAGAUGAGCACGGUAACCAGCAAAUAGUAACGAUUCAAGAUAUUGUCUCCUCUCUCAGCCACCUAGAUGAACGAACACUAACUAAUCUAAUACUAAAUCCAUCAGCUGAUGAAAGGUCAAUUCAUACUCACGUGAAUCAGGUACCUAAUUUCGUUACUGCAGGGAGUGAGAAUGUACCUGUGGUGUUAGGUACCCAAAAUUUAGUUCCCGAGGAAGUAGCGCGACCUGUACGUCAUACAGGUCCUGCUUCUGCUCCUGAGAAUAAAGAAGAGGAAGUAUAUGUUGUUAAGGAUGAGCAUGGAAAUAUACAGCUCGUGACUUUAGACAGUAUAAUUUCUUCCCUGUCACAACUGGAUGAUGAUAGUUUGCAUUCACUGCUUUUUGAAGAUGCUGCAGUACCAGCUGUAGUACCUCCUACAUCACUGAACAGUGUGUCAAGUGCACCAAAACCAGCGGUUACUUCAAACAUUCCCGCAGCGGUACCUCCUAAAACAACUACUGAAUCACCUCCAGUUUCCAAACCAACUACUACAACCACACCCGUUCCUAAACCAACUACGCUAACAACCCGAGCUCCAAAAUCAACUGCAGUACCUUCUGACAGCACAACACCGAGCGAAUCUGAAAAACCUAAGAGGAAAUCCCCUCGUCCAUCCGUCACUGCCGAUAAACAUGGAAACCUACGGGUGCUAGCCCACCCAGGCUCUGUUACUUUCGACUUAAAAGAUUUGUCUUGGCAAGCAAAUGAUGAGCCAGAAGAGGAACCUGUAACACGUGCUCCUUUGUUUAUUGAUGGUUCUGUUGUCAAAACAGAUGAAUUUGGAAAUAUUCACAUCACACCUAAUCCUGAUAACCCUUUCAAACUUGAUAUUCAGAAAAUAAUUUCAAUUGCAGAAAAAGCAAAUUCGCCCGCUGUAGAACCAGUGAAAGAUGAAAAUUCAGAAAAACAGGAAAAGCCAACAGAGGAACCACCUAGUAGAGGACAUGAACUACUAUCUUAUUUGGCUGGCAUUGAAAAUUUCUUACCUGCUGCUAUACUUCCAAGACCAGUCCGAGCCACUGCACAAUAUUCAAAGAAAACUCCAGAUGAUCCUGUUGGUGUUAAUGCAUUUAGAGCAUCUCUCCUUCAGGCUGUGAACCAUCAAACACUAAAAACUACGACUCCACAGCCUACAGUUCAGCCACUGAUACAAAGACUGGUACAGCCAGUUGUCCAACCUAUAGUUCAACCUCUUGUUCAAGCUGUAUCACAACCAGCAUCCCAACUUUCUUCUUCAGGAGGCAUUGGUGCUACCUUAUCUAAUCUCCUCUCCAGUUUAGUAGGUCAGCCUACAGCUCAGCAAGCUGAAGUUGUACCUCAAAUAGAAGAGGAAACACCAGAAGAAGAAGAAUUUAUUAAACUAGUGCUACGUCAACAAGCGCCAAAUUCACUAGAUACACAUUUUGGGGAUGUUACAAUUCCUCUGCCAAAGGCUAUUCACUUCCGACCUACGCCAGCACCAAAACCAGAAACCACUACAGCAUCUCAGAUCUCUUCUAGAGUAGACAUACCUUCACCAUUGCAAGCACUUUCUCCUCUUAUUCAAAGAACCCUCCAGCUACAGGCUAAUAAUGUUCCUAUUUUUAUACCCCCAGGAGCAAAGGCUCAGGCUGUCACCCAACAACCUGUAGCUGCUGCCAGAUCUGAUUCUGGCCCAGUUCUGAGAAUUGAUACAAUUCCUAAGCAGGCUGCCCAGAGGAUAGAUCCUGGGCCAUUGCUGAGAAGAGAUAGAAUCCUUUCUAAGCCGAUUUCAAGAGCGGAGAAGAGAGUUUUAGAUUCUCACAACAGCAACAGGAGGUCUGAUUCUGGGCCAAUAUUGAGAACCAAUAGGCACAUACCCAUCAGAGUAGUCACAAAAGAAGUUGAACCCCAGAAACCAUCCCUUACUUCAGUACUCAAUGGGCUCCCACCGAGUGUUCUUGAAAGUCUAAGAAAACAGGUACAAAACUCUCGCACUGUGCCUGCACAGGAAACCCCAGACCUUGAAAAAGAAGAAGAAGAAGAAGAGGAGGAAUCAGAUACUGCUCCUCGUCAGAAGCGUCACCCAGGAAACACUCGGGACCGGAGUUCAUAUGCUGAGACUCCUCAAUAUGAUUCUGGAAGUGCAGGGGGGUAUGGCUACGGCCCAACCGGGGGCCAUGGGGGCACUGGUGACCCAUGGUUUGAUAUCUAUCUUCUAGCUGAUCUUACAAAAGUCCACAAAAUAGGAGACACGAAUCUUUCCAUAAAGAGUCCCAUCAUAGGUGAUCCAUCCUACUUUGUUGACACAAGACCUUAUGGUCAUUAUUAAUCCUGUGACUAUAGACAUAAGGACAAGUUUAGUUAGGAUGUUAAUAGUUCAGUUUGUUAAAACUUCAUUGCGUUCUUUUUCAUAUCUCCCUCUGGUUAUAUUUUGUAGUGCGAUCAUCUAUUGUAUAUGGUGAAUAGAUAAUGCAGUGGACUCUUAUCAGCGGAUGCCAGUUCGAGUCGUUUCCAGAGGGAGGCAAAUUACUAAACAAUGAUGUUCAGUAUUGAAAUCUUUGAAAUAAUUAGAACGGAAACAUCAUUGUUCUGUAAAUUAACAUUUAAGUAUUUUUGUCAUUCAUAUCAUUAUCGUCUCAGUGGGUGCAAAUUAAUCCCUGUGUGUAUGUAUGUAAGUAUGUAUGUAUGUAUGCGUGCAUGUACAUUUUCAUUGUUAAUACGUUCAUAAUAAAGUUUCAGAU